AUGGUUGGGGUACAACAGCAAGCGAAAUGCCUUCGAUUUAACCCUGAUGCUUCGAUUUGGGUUGCCAAGCAACAGGUGCUGUGUACAUUAAACGAGAGCUUGAAAGACGUACUAAAUUAUGGCUUGUUUCAACCUGCAACGAAUGGACGCGAUGCUAAGUUCCUGAAUGAGGAGAAGCUGCUCCGAGAAUACCCACAAUCCUUUGAGAAGGGAGUGCCUUAUCUGGAGUUUCGUUACAAAACGAGGGUUUAUAAACAGACAAACCUGGAUGAAAAGCAGCUGGGGAAACUGCACACCAAGGCCAGUCUGAAGAAAUUUUUCGAGUAUGUCCAACAUGGCUCAGUCGAUAAGAUGCUUAAACUCUUAGAUAAAGGGCUGGAUCCCAACUACCAUGAUGCAGAGACUGGGGAAGUGCCAUUGACAUUGUCCGCACAGCUGGAGAAUUGUUCAGACGUGAUCCGCGUGCUGUGUCUGGGAGGGGCGCACAUCGAUUUCCGAGCACGAGAUGGUAUGACAGCUCUCCACAAGGCCGCCAUAACCAGGAACUACAAUGGAGUCUUGACUCUGCUGGAGUUAGGCGCCUCGCCGAAUUACAAGGAUCGCAGAGCUUUGACGCCUUUGUACCACACGGCUAUCGUUGGAGGAGACACCAGCUGCUGUGAGCUGCUGCUCUACAACCGGGCGCAGAUUGGCUAUGCCGACGAGAACGGCUGGCAAGAGAUUCACCAGGCUUGCCAUCACGGUCAUGCUCAGCACCUGGAAAUUCUGUUGUUCUACGGAGCAGAAAUCAACAGCCUGAAUGCAUCGGGAAACACAGCGCUACAUCUCUGUGCUCUGUACAACAGGGACAGCUGCACUCGGGUUCUGCUGUACCGUGGAGCUAAUAAAGAUAUGAAGAACAACAAUCAACAGACGUCCUUCCAGGUUGCCAUCAUCGCCGGGAACUUUGAACUGGGCGAAUUCAUCAAGAAUCACAAAGACUCGGAUGUGGUUCCCUUCAAGGAGACGCCGACCUACGCCCCCCAGAGGAGGGAGGGCCACCACUCGCUCACCCUUCCCCACAUGCUGCAACGCUCCAGCAGUGAUAACAACCUCAACAUUCCGGAGUGGCUGUCCUUCCCAACUAGCCAGGCUCCGCGGAACCCCAACGGCACACUGCGUAGUGUCAGUAACCCACGUGGCGGACGCAGUAGGUCGCCAUCCCGCAGCCGCCAGGCCGAGGAUCCCAAGAAACAGCGAGGACGCCUCAGUUCCGCCGUGCCCAACAAGGAGUACCCUGGGAGUGCGCAGGGCUGGAGGCCGAAACGCAAGCUCUACUCUGCUGUGCCAGGCCGGGUCUUUGUGGUGGUGAAGACGUACCAACCGCAGGGAGAGGAUGAAAUCCAACUCAACAAGGGCGAGAAAGUGAAAGUGCUCAGCGUAGGGGAAGGAGGAUUCUGGGAGGGCACUGUCAAAGGUCGGACGGGCUGGUUCCCUGCAGAGAACGUGGAGGAGAUCCCGAACAAACCUCAGGACAGCAAACAUGAGAGUCGGACCGAGAAAGCCAAGAGGCUGUUCCGGCACUACACGGUGGGUUCCUACGACAGCUUCGAUGCCCCGAGUGACUACAUCAUUAAAGAGAAGACAGUCCUGCUGCAGAAAAGAGACAGUGAAGGGUUCGGUUUUGUGCUGCGAGGGGCGAAAGCCCAGACACCGAUCGAGGAGUUCACCCCAACGCCAGCAUUCCCCGCUCUUCAGUACCUUGAGUCAGUGGAUGAAGGAGGAGUGGCAUGGAGGGCGGGUCUGCGGAUGGGCGACUUCCUGAUCGAGGUCAAUGGGCAGAACGUGGUGAAGGUGGGACAUCGACAGGUGGUCAACAUGAUCCGACAAGGUGGCAAUAACCUCAUGCUCAAGGUCGUCAUGGUAACCCGCAAUCCUGACAUGGAGGAAGCUUCCAGGAAGAAAGUCACAACGCAGACAAAACGACUCACUCCGCCCGCCAUUGCCCUCCGUUCAAAAUCCAUGACCUCUGAACUUGAGGAUCUCGUAGAUCAAGAUGCCUCCCCAUGGAACAGGAAGACUGAUUACGAGUCCCAGCAGUCUACCGAGAAGAGGCGAAAAGUUUAUCAAAUGGCAUUAAACAGAUUGGAUGAGAUUUUGGCAGCAGCCCAGCAGUCUAUUGCGAACGAGAGUGCCGGCGGUCAGGCUAAUGUGCCGAAACCACGCACUGCAGCUCGAACCUUCUACAGCGCUGAGCCGCUGUAUGACCAACCAGGGCUGACUGCACUUGGACCAUCGGUCAGUUUUGACCGUCCAUACCUGGCAGCACAGCAAGGGAUGAUGCGUCAGAAGUCAAUGGGUGCCCCUGAGGAGGAGAAGCAGUUCCUGGUUCCGCCGUCGUUCAAAUUCGCCCGCAGCCUCUCUGUGCCGAGCGCUGAUGAGAUCCCUCCCCCUCCCACCACCGCUCCCCCCGACCCACCGUUCAACCUGCCCCAGCCCCGCUCCGGUCCCCCUCCCCCACCCCACUCCUCCGGCCCCGCCUCCGCCGCACGCUCGACCUUCAACCCUGCGGGCACUGCCGACGCUGCCAAGAUCUAUGCCAGCCUGCGGCACGAGCUGGCGGAGACAGGAAAGGUGGAGCUGAAGGAGCGGCACAAGAGGGACAAGGCGGGGCUUUACCGGCAAGACUCGGACCAACUGGCCGGAGCAGGGGGCGCUGGGAGUGGCGGGGGAGGGGGGUCAUCGUCUUCCUCCUCCACCUCGCAGCCGAACGCCCGGGGUCGGAGGGCACAGGCCACCGAGAGUCGCUACAGCAACCCCACGGCCAGGGUCGUGAACACCGCCAUGUUUGUGCCCGCCAAGCCCGUGCGGAGGAAGGGGCUGCUGGUCAAACAGUCGAAGGUGGAGGAUGAGCAGCAACAACAACAACAACAACAACAACAGCAACAGCAACAGGACAAGACCUGCUCCAUCCCCAUCCCCACCAUCAUCAUCAAGGCCCCAUCAACCAGCAGCAGCGGUCGCAGCAGCCAGGGGAGCAGCAUGGAGGCCGAGGCCGGAGGGGAGCCGCCAGCUCCCCCACCCCCUCCCCCACCGCCCGCACCCCCUCAGGCCCGCGACAGCCUGGACUUCACCAGCCAGUUCGGGGCGGCCAUUGUGGGGGCCGCCAGGCGCGACCGGGAGCGCUACAUGGAGGCCCGCCGCAAAUCCGCGGCCUUCCUGUCCACGGACGUGGCGGAGGAGCAGGGCGAGAGCGCGCCUCGCCUCACCCACUCCAAAUCCAUCGACGAAGGAAUGUUCAACAGCGCCGAGGCCUUCAUGAACAUUAUGGCGUCAGCCGGGCGGGGGACUCAUGCUUCAGCCUACGCUGACCGCGGCCUGGCCUACGAGGCCCAGGCAUCCAAGAGGCCCGGCCCGGCAGCCCCAGGCCCCGGCUAUAGUUUCGCCCCAAGGACCAUGGCCUUUGUCCACCCGCUGACGGGUAAACUCCUGGACCCGGAGUCUCCCCUCGGCCUGGCGCUGGCGGCCCGCGAGCGCUCGAUCAAGGAGCAGCCCCGGGACCCGGAGCCCGAGCCUUCGGUCUCCUCUGCGGCAGCGAUGGGGCCCAAGCCCCGGGCUGGCCAGAGGAAAGAGACCGGGGGUGCUGUGCGCCCCCCUCCCCCACCCCUCCGGGCUCAGAAGACGGAGGAGGCCGAGGCGAGGCCCCUGCCCCGGGUGGAGGCCGAAGGGCAGGCCGAGUACCGGGUGCGCUUCGUGGAGAGCGUGCCCCUGCCCCCGCCCCCUCCGCGGCCGCCCCUCCCGGACCCCCAGGCCCUGCCCCUGACAGUCCUCCCCCCGCCGGCCCCCUCCAUCGACACCGAGGAGGAGUUUGUAUUCAGCGAUCCCCUGCCUCCGCCGCUGGAGUUCUCCAACAGCUUCGACAGCUCCGAGGUGCCCCUUCCCCCUCCCCCGCCUCCCCCUCCCCCGCCGCCACCUCCCCCGCCCCCACCACCCCCUCCCCCAGCCUCCUCCUCCGCCACCGGACCCACCCCCGCGGAGGCUGGCAGCCUGCCCACGGUUGAUUCGACGGGUUCCAGCCUGACCUCGUACGACAGUGAGGUGGCAACACUAACACAGGCGCCUGCCGGCAAGGAGAACCACAUGGACUGCAGCGUCAGCGGCGAGGGGGGCGCUCUGGGCACGGGGAGCAGCCGGGCACCGUCAGCCGAGACCCUCCUGGACAACGUGGGCGACUCGGGCAUCGAGGAGGUGGACAGCCGCAGCGGCAGUGACCACCACCUGGAGACCAUCAGCAGCGUCUCCACCUUCUCCAGCCUCUCGGGCCUGUCCUCGGAGGGCAACGAGCUGCUCGAUACCUAUAUCGCCUACCUGGACGGUCACGCCUUCGCCGACAAGCCCCCCUUUGCCUCUCGAGUCAGAGGCCGCCCUCCUCCCUUGAUGGGGAGGGGGCCAGGCCCCUUGAGGGACCCCACCACCACCACCAGCACCAGCACCGUCUCCUCAACCGUCCCGCUCCCUCCUCCCCAGUCGGCGCCCGGGCCCCCCUUCCUGCCCCCCACGGCCCAGCCCCCGCCACCCUCUGAGCCCGCCCCUUGCCCGCUGGAGCGCCAUGUGCCCCCGUCCAUGUGGGAGGAGGCUCCACACUCCGGCCAGGCCUCCAACAUGGCAUCGAUGAAAGCCAGCAUUAUCAGUGAGCUCAGCUCCAAACUCCAGCAGAUGAGCGGCACCUCCUGGAGCCGCCAGCCCGACUCUGUGGGACCCCCGACGGCCUCCAAACCCGUGCUCCUCCGACACAGGUAA